AGACAGCUCAGUGAUCUCCUAUUAGCGCGCUGUCCGUGAUGGUGAAUGUACCACAGAAAGGCUGAUCUGAAAGUCACUCACUAAAUUCUCUACUAUUUGGAUUACAAUUGUGGAUUAUGAUUUUUUUUCCUCACAGGACAACAACUAACGACCAAACGACGUAGGAUUACAAUUAUUUCUGAAAAAUGGAAUUAUUCAUUGUCAGUUUGUGAGGAAUGAUGUGCAACACAGCGUGAGGAGAGGACCAGGCUACAUUCAGUGUCUUGUUGGAUGGCUGGAGGCCCCUGGCCAGCAGAACCUUAGGAGUCAGCAUGGCAAAGAUCUGCACAGACCAGUCCUACCCGGCAACGACCCGGCAACGGCCAUCUCUCUGCACGCCAAAUGACAAUCUGGACACCAUUGAGAACGGAACCCCAAGGUCCAACUCAGAGGACACCUCGUCAGAGAUUCAGGGUUCUGCCUCCGUGUUAACCAUCAUACACCCAGAGUCUCACAGAGAUUCCUUCACAGGGUCAGGAGCCCUGACCAGAAUGCACCGCGAGGUGGAGAGACCGGACUCCUUCCUGGAGCGCUUCAGGACCCCUGGGCUCAAAGAGGCCUCCGGCAGAGAGAGCAACGCACAGUCACUGGGAUACCCCGAAAGAGUCCGCAAGAGGAACCAAGUCAGUCAAUGGCCGCUGGCUAUGUACAAUAUGAACAACUGCAACAACACAGAUGACAAAAAAGAUGACAAGAAGGACGAAAUAAAGAAAGAGGAAAAAAAACAGGAAGAUGAGAAGAAAGAGGAGGAGAAAGAAGAUAAGAAAGAGGACGAGAAAGAGGAGAAGAAAGAGGAGGAGCCUAAGAAGGAGGAGCCUAAGAAGGAGGAGCCUAAGAAGGAGGAGAAGAAGAAGGAGGAGCCCCCGAAAGAGAUUUGGAUCAUGGACCCAUCAGCAGACAAAUACUACACAUGGCUCACCAUCAUAGCAGCACCAUGUUUCUACAACCUGAUGAUGCUAGUGACCAGGGCAUGUUUUAACGAACUCCAGAACACAUACACAAUGCUGUGGAUUGUCCUGGACUACACCUCAGACUUUGUCUACUACGCAGACACAUUCGUCAGGUCUAGAACAGGUUAUUUGGAACAGGGGCUGCUUGUGAAAGACAAACAAAAGCUUCUAGACAAAUACAGACAAACGGAACAGUUCAAAUGGGACAUAAUUUCAAUGAUACCCACAGACCUGCUUUUUCUGAAAGUGGGCAUCAACAACCCCGAGCUCAGACUGAACCGGCUUGCAAAGAUGAACCGCCUCUUUGAGUACUUUGACCGCACAGAAACCAGAACCAGCUUCCCCAACGUUUUCCGAAUCAGCAACCUGGUACUUUACAUCCUGAUCAUCAUCCACUGGAACGCCUGCAUCUUCUUCGCCCUCUCCAAGACCAUCGGGUUCGGGUCCGACACCUGGGUGUACCCAAACAUCAGUCACCCUGAGCACGGCCGCCUUGCCAGGAAGUACAUCUACUGUCUCUAUUGGUCGACCCUGACCCUGACCACCAUCGGAGAAACCCCGCCCCCCGUCAGGGACUUUGAGUACCUCUUCGUGGUCGCCGACUUCCUCAUCGGCGUGCUGAUUUUCGCCACCAUUGUCGGUAAUGUCGGUGCCAUGAUCUCCAACAUGAACAAAAACCGUGCAGACUUCCAGGCUAAGAUCGACUCCAUCAAGCAAUACAUGCAGUUCCGUAAGGUCUCCAAGGAUCUGGAGGCCAGGGUCAUCAAGUGGUUUGACUACCUCUGGACGGAGAAGAAGACCUGCGAUGAGAAGGAGGUGCUGAAGAACCUGCCGGACAAGCUGAAGGCCGAGAUCGCCAUCGACGUCCAUCUGGAUACCCUGAAGAAAGUGAAAAUCUUCCAGGAAUGCGAGGCUGGGCUGCUUAUUGAGUUGGUGAUGAAGCUGCAGCCUCAGGUGUUCUCCCCAGGAGAUUACAUCUGUAAGAAGGGAGACAUCGGCAGAGAGAUGUACAUCAUUAAGGAAGGGAAGCUAGCUGUGGUUGCGGAAGACGGGGUGACACAGUGGUGUGUGCUCAGCGACGGAGCGUACUUCGGAGAUAUCAGUAUCCUGGGCAUCAAGGGUUCCAAGGCUGGCAACAGGAGAACGGCCAACAUCAGGAGCGUGGGUUACUCUGACCUCUUCGCUCUGUCGAAAGAUGAUCUCAUGGAGGCUCUCACCGAGUAUCCCGAAGCCAAGAAGAUCCUGGAAGAGAAGGGAAAGGCUACGCUGAUGAAGGACAACAUGAUCGAUGAGGAAAUCGCUAAUGCAGGUGCCGACCCCAAGGACAUGGAGGAGAAGAUCCUCAGGCUGGAGAGUAAUAUGGAAAUCAUGACGUCCAAGUUGGCCAAGAUCAUGGCUGAGUUCACAUCCGGCCAGGGCAAGAUUAAACAGAGGAUCACCGACAUGGAGUCAACAGUCAAGUCGGUCCGGCCCGAGGAUAUAUCUGAGGUGGUGGCCGACAAGUAGACCAAAUAGGCACACGACACAAUGUAUUUACCCAGAGACUUUAGGAACCUUUCACACUGAGCAAUGCAGAGUAAAAGGACGAAGCCAACUCAACGUGUUUCAAUAGGGAAGGUGUGUCGGACGUGGUAGAGGUGAAGGCGUACCAGGGUGCGUGAAGUUGUACAAAAUGUGGCAUUCCUCCGUUAGCUCUGUGUGGGAUGUGUUGCCAGUGUGUGUGAGCCCUUACAGUUAACACAGAGAUGUUCUUUUUGGUUUUCAAAAAACAAUACAUAAAAACGGUAGAUAGUUUGAUACUUUUUGAAUGUUCGUAUUUAUACAUCAUAGGUACAUUAUCAACUGCGUAUUAUGUACCUUCUUAUUGAGUAUAAAUGCACCUCUAAAUAUGUGUCAAAUGUCAAUAUGUUCAUAUCCAGUGCAUUGGAUACAGCUUUCCAUAUGCAGUGAAGUGCAGAGAAGUUACAGACUUGUGUAUCUCCAAAAUCAGAAUCGUGGCAUGGGACUGGUUUCGAGACACUCGUUGGGGCAGUAAGAGAGCCGGGUCGAUUCAAUUCCAGUCCAUUCAGAGAUUGUACACCCACAUUUCUAUUCCUAUUUCAAUACUCUUCAAUGCUUUACAAUUAGUAAAAUGUUGAAUUGUAAUCGUAAUUUGGUUUACUUUCUGAAUUGAAAUGGAAUCGACCCCAACCCUGGUAAAGAGACAAACUCUUUGGACAGGACAUUUUCAUAAUAUACCCUUUAGUGGUUUUGGAAAUGUAUUCUUUAUUUUUCAAAUGUUAUGAGUCUAGUUGAAUGAAGUGCUUCACAGAGAAUAUUAUAAUUUAGUAUUAUUGAUCAUCUGUCAAUGUGUAUGAAUGUGGCAUGCAUGAAACAUAUUCUAAUUGAUUCUAUUUCUAUGGCGACUACAGUCCACAAUGGUGUAUUUUACAACGGAGGUUAUUAAUCUCAUUUGAUAAGUUAAAUUGUAAAUCUGAAGUUAUGUAAACUUGACCAAAACAUUAGUGUACCUCAAAUGUGCACAAAUCACAAGACCAGACUGUCAUCAAAAACUUGUAUUUGAUCUGCCGUGAUCUACAAUAUAAAUAUGAAAUGUGCAAUGGUUUGUAUUAGCAAGUGUUCAAUUCCAACCAAAAGAUUAAAUUAAUAAUAAAAAACAAA